AUGCAAUUGUAUGUUUUGGGUUUCAUUUGGAAAUUGAGUACACAACCGGCGUACAAGGGUGGCUUGUUGGAUGAGAAAAAUGUGUUCUUCAAGAGGUUGUUUUGGACCUUCAGGCCAUGCAUUGAUGAUUUUGCCUUCUGCAAACCAAUUGUACAAGUUGAUGGAACAUUUUUGUACGGCAAAUACAAAGGGACUUUAUUGGUGGCAGUUGCGCAAGACGGCCGCAACAACUUAAUUCCCAUUGCCUUUGCUGUGGUUGAAGGUGAAACCAGCGAUGCAUGGUUCUUUUUUUUGAGAAACUUAAGGAGGUACGUAACCCCGCAGGAGGGGUUGUGCCUCAUUUCAGAUCGUCACGAGACCAUGAGAAGUGCAUACUCCAGAAGUGGAAGUGUUUGGACGGAAAAUAAUUCUGUCCAUGUCUAUUGCAUUAGACACAUUGCACAAAACUUCAUGAGACGAUUCAAAAAUCCUGCACUUAAGAAAGAUGUCGUCAAUAUGGCAUAUGGGAUGACAGAAUCAAGAUUCUUUUACUAUUACAACAUAGUAAAAGAUAAUAAUUCUGAAUCUGCACAAUGGUUAGACAACAUCCCAAGGGAAAAAUGGGCGCUGGCAUGGGACAAUGGACGAUGCUGGGGACACAUGACAACAAACCUAGCGGAGUCAAUCAAUUCGAUCUUGAAGAAAACUAGAAAUCUGCCAAUUUGCUCCAUGGUCAUGGCGACAUAUACCUGUUGCAACAAGUUCUUCAUUGAGAGAGGCAGGAAAGUAGAUGCAAUGAUUAAUGCUGGACAUGUGUACUCAGAGGUUGCAAUAAAGCAAUUCAAGAUGCACUGUCAAAGGCGAACACACAUAGAGUCAUCACCUUUGACCAAACAAGCACUAGAUUUUUAG